AUGCUUGCGGCGUUUGCCCAGAGCCGCCAGCUCCACUACGCUCAAGAUCUCUUCGCAAGAAUGCCGCUAUGGAGCUUGAUCUCCUGGAACUCGAUGCUCUCGGCGUACUCUCGCAGCGUGGAUGCGAUCCAGAAGCUCCAAGAUCUCUUCGAUUCCAUGCCGGUCACAAAUCUCGUCUCCUGGAGCGUGCUCUUGGCGGCAUACGCGCAGAUUGGGGAUUUCCAGCGCGCGCUCGCGAUUCUGGAAAGAAUGCCCGACUGGAAUCUCGUUGCCUGGAAUUCGCUGCUGGAUGCUCAUGCCCGGCGAGGAGAUCUGGAUCGGGUGAAGCAGCUCUUCGAUUCGAUGCCCGAUCGAGACAUCCUCUCCUGGACCGCGCUCCUCACUUGCUACGCUCGAUCCGGGAGAUUAUCCGAUGCUUCCCUCCUCCUCGCCGCCAUGCCCGCGUGGGAUCUCGUCUCCUGGAACGUGAUGCUCGCCGCGGAGGCCGAGAGUGGGAACAUCCACAGCGCCAAGAAUUUCUUCGAUCGAAUGCCGGAGCGGAGCUUCGCGUCCUGGAAUCUGAUGAUCACCGCCUACUCGCACGACGGCCAGGUGAAAUCCGCCAAGAGCCUCUUCGAUCAAACCCCAGCCAAGAACCUCCUCCUCUACAACGCGAUGCUCACAGCCUACGCCCAAAACGGGUGCCACGCCCUCGCGAUCGAGCUCUUCGCCUCGAUGCCGUGCAGAGAUCUCGUCUCCUACAAUGCAACGCUCUCCGCGCUCGCGAAAUCUAGCCCUAUCGAUCAAACCAAAGAUUUCUUCGACCUAAUUCCCGAGAAGAACAUCGUUGCAUGGAAUGCGAUGCUCACAACAUAUGCCGAGAAUGGGCAUCUGGAAAUGGCGAUUUCCAUGUUCGAUUCGAUGAGCCAUCAUGACAUCGUGUCCUACACUGCCAUGGUCACUGCGUAUGGAUCGAGCGGCCAGAUAGAACACGCAAGAACGGUGUUUGAUUCGUCACCCCAGAAAGACGUUGUUUUAUCAACUGCCAUGCUCGCAGCAUAUGCCCAUUUAGGGUUCUUGGCAGAGGCUAGCACAAUUUUCCAAUCUUUGCGAGAAUGCAGCAUGAUCACGUGGAAUUCUAUGCUAGCUGCGCACGAAUUGAGCAGCACAAUCGAGAAAUCCCAGUGGAUUUUCGAUUUGAUGCCGGUAAGAGAUACAGUGUCUUGGAUUUUGAUGCUCAGCGCAUAUGCCCGCCUUGGGCAUCUGGAGAGAGCGAUUUCCUUCUUCGCGACAAUGCCAAUGCCACACGCAGUCCCAGAUCGCGUCGUGCCCUGGAACACGAUGCUCGCGGCGCACGGAACCAGCGGCCAGGACGCCGAGAAUCUCCUGUGGGCCGCGAAUUUGCAAGGCGUGGCCCCGGAUGCCGUCUCCUUCGUCUCGAUUUUGGGGGCGUUUGGCCACACCGGCGACGUGGAUUCCGGCUGGAGCUACUUCGUGUCGAUGCGCAGCGAUUACUCGAUCCAGCCGGAGAAGCUCCACUUUGGGUGCAUGGUGGCCAUCCUGGCUCGAGCCGGGAACUUCGAUUUCGCCCGGGAUCUCCUCGACAACAUGCCAUUCGUUCCAGGGAUCGAGCAAUUGAGCUGCCUGACACUGUUCUAG